AUGUUGUUCGCAACUAUAUUACCGUGGGUGGUGGUGCUUCACAUGCAGCGUGAUAACAGUAGCGAAAUGGAGACAAGAAUAAUUUCAAGAACAUUAAGUGAAGAUUUGAUGGAUUUAUGCACUUAUGAUGGUCAGUGGAAUAUACGAGGGGAUGAGAGAGGUUUGGAGAUAAGUGUAAAAGUACCUAGAGGUGGUAAGAUUACAACUCUCAAACCUAACGAAGGAAGUGAAGGAACCACCACUGAAUUGUGGGGGGAGAAAGAAAUAACUGAGAAUAGUCCACUUCCUAUCCUGGUCACAGAUAAACCUUUAAGCGAAAAGUGUAUGGCAUAUAGAAGAGUGAUUGAGAGUGUUCUGCAUUGGGCUCAUCACCAAUUAGAUAAAUUAGGGGGGAAUGAGAUGUCAGAUGUAGAAUGUGAAGCGAGUAUACCUACUAAGGAACCAAUAUACUAA